CCAGCGCUCAGCCCCGUGCCACCUGUGGUCCACCUGACCCUGCGACAGGCGGGCGACGACUUCUCCCGUCGCUACCGCCGCGAUUUCGCAGAGAUGUCCAGCCAGCUGCACCUGACGCCCUUCACCGCGAGGGGACGCUUUGCCACGGUGGUGGAGGAGCUCUUCAGGGAUGGAGUGAACUGGGGAAGGAUUGUGGCCUUCUUUGAGUUCGGUGGAGUCAUGUGUGUGGAGAGCGUCAACCGGGAGAUGUCGCCCCUGGUGGACAACAUCGCCCUGUGGAUGACAGAGUACCUGAACCGGCACCUGCACACCUGGAUCCAGGAUAACGGAGGCUGGGACGCCUUUGUGGAACUGUAUGGCCCCAACAUGCGGCCUCUGUUCGAUUUCUCCUGGCUCUCUCUGAAGGCACUGCUCAGCCUGGCCCUGGUGGGAGCUUGCAUCACCCUGGGUGCCUAUCUGGGUCACAAGUGAAGGCAACAGGCCUGCCCCAAACAAAUAUGCAAAAGGUUCAUGAAAGCAGUAGAAAUAUAUGCAUUGUUGGGAUGUACCAUGAAACGGAGCUAUGGUCUCUUAAAAACAAGCAAACAACAAACAACAAAAACAGCUUUCAGGCUCCACGUCGAAUCAGCUAUUUACUGCCAAAGGGAAAUACCAUUUAUUUUUUACAUUAUGGAGAAAAAGAUUUAUUUAUUUAGGACAGUCCCAUGGAGCACCCUGUCCUUGGAAAGCCUACUACCAGUCAUUGCCAAGCUCCACCGGUGUGGCUCCACCUGGAUCUCCUGUGCCUAUAAAUGGAUUCGCUUUCCAUGUUAGUGGCCGGGCUGACUCACCAUCUGAAGGGCAAACUGAUGGAGAACAUGACUGUUCCAGAAGCCGGCCUGCUGGCUGCUGGAGGUUUGGAAGAAGGUGUUCAUUUUCCUUGCAUUGAUUUGCCCCCGGGGGCUGUGAUAUUCAUAGAGGGAGGUGCUUGGAGGGAAGUGCAUUCUUUUCCGGCCGGAAGAACCUACACUUUGCAUAUGGCUCACAUGGUACAUGCCUGGUUGGCAGAAAAAAAUGAAAAGGGAACUUCAGAUGGACUUGGUAUCCGCCAAGAUUUCCACACCGAAGGACAGUGGUAGGAAAAAUGCCCUUAAACCUUAGGAAAGUAUUUUUUUAAGCUACCAAUUGUGCCGAGAAGCAUUUUAGCAAUUUCUACAAAAUCAUCCAGUACCUUAAGCCCUGAUGUGUAUAUUCUUAUAUUUUGGAUACGCUCCCUCUCCAAAAACUGGCUCUGUGCGUGAAACAGAAUCCUUGGGAAUGCGAGGAAGUGGACGUCUCGGCGACUCCUUCGGCAUCAGGAAGGCUGCAGUUACAGAAGCAUCAGGCCGCCACAAGUGCCUGCCUUUCCGCAAGAGGCCGCGGUUGGAAGUCCCGCUUCGUCCCGGUUGGGAGGCCUCAUCCUGGAACCGAGCCUGGGCACUCGCUGGCCUGCUCCAUGGAUUUCAAACAGAGGCCUGUGGUCUCCCGGCAUCUGGAAGCUGAGGAGUCAGAAUUCCACUGUCAGGAACGACGAGCAGGCUGGGGCCUGGUCCACCGGGGCCCUCCAGGGAGGCCCUUUUCCAUGUCGAGUGUGGAGCCUGGAGCCUGGGAACCAACGCUCCUAAGAUGUUUGUCACUGUGCAGGGAAGGAAACAGAGGCACUCUGCCCUUCCUAGCAGAGGGAGGUGGUGAAGGCUGGAGCGCCCCCACCGAAAUGGAACAGCAAAGAAAGGAGGCAUGUCCGCGUGCAGUGUGGCUGCUGCGCAUGCAUGCGAGUUGGCUGCGCGGCCACCCAUCCGUCUGAACAGUUUAGAGCGAGGCUUUACGUGACUUAGGGGAGGGUCAUAAAUCCUGAAGGAAGCACUGGGAUGAGGUGUCAUGGAUUAAUUGACCCAUGUCUGUGGAGUUGCGAUGUAAAACAUUAUCUUGUCAUUGUAGUUUGGUUUUAUUUGAAACCUGACAGAGGGGGGAAAAAAGUUCCAGGUGUGGAAUGUGGAGUUUAUCUGUACCUCCUGGGCAUUAAAAGAAAAAAAAAAAAUAGUGGUGGACAGCUCUAGAGAAGUAGUGAAAGAAGUGAUCUUCAGCUGAUAAACUAGGAAAUAUGUCAAGUUUAGAGAGUCUGAGACACACGUGGAAUAACUGUGGCAUUAUUGCAUUAUAUACCAUUUAUCUGUAUUAACUUUGGAAUGUACUAUGUUCAAUGUUUAAUGCUGUGGUUAAUAUUUCGAAAGCUGCUUUAAAAAAAAUACAUGCAUCUCAGCAUUUUUAAAAAUUGUAUUUAGUUAUGGCCUCUACAUUCUUUGUUAGCAAAAAUGAACAUUUUUCCAUUUGAGAGUCUUGUCUCUUAAUUGUUUAAAAGCAUUUCUGAGAAGAUGAGCUAAGUCCCAGGUCUCAGCUACUGGAGAUACCCUGGAGCACGCUGGCCACGGAGUUAUGUGCACUUCCAUGACCACAUAAUUGUUUUGCAAGGGACAUACCUGUUGUCCCUUUGCCUGUGUUCCUUGAGGGUUUAUUUGUCCCUGGACAAAUCAGAAUUCAACUCACAUUAUUUAGGCUUGCAUACAUGUUUGGUUAAACCCAUGAGGUUCAUUCAGUUGAAAAUCGAGAUGGGAAGUGACCAGGGGAUUAAAUUCUGGCUCCGAUGGUUUGACCUUUCAAGAGUUGCUUUCCAUGGCCUGUUUCCACACAGACUCCUCCAGCUCCCUCCUUCCGCAGGGCCCUUUCCCUGGCUGGCCUUCAGGUUUUUCCUGACAUGCGGUGGCACUUACGCCCCAUGCCCCACACCGAGAAAGCAGGAAACCCCAUGGUAUGAAGCCAGACCUCCCUGGCGGGCCUCAGGGAACGGGACGAUCAGACCUUUGAAUGAUUCUAAUUUUUAAGAGAAAUAUUAUUUUAUGAAAGGUUUACAUUGUCAAAAGUGAUAAAUAUGGAAUAUCAAAUCCUGUGCUGCUAUCCUGCCAAGAUCAUCUUAAUGGAGUCAGUUUGCAGUACACUCCAAGUGGCGACAGCCUCCAAGCUGCUUUAGAGUAACAAUGAAGAACAUGGACGUUUUUAAUAUAGAGUCUGUUUGUCUUUUAUUGUUGUUUUUGUUAUUGUUCAAACUGGGAUUUGCAGAAUAUUCAAAAAAAUGUAUAUAUAUAUUAAAAAAAAAAAAAACCUCCCAGGGGUUGGCUUCUGGCUGGUUUCCUUUGCUGUGGGGUUUUGUUAUCUGGUUUUGAUGGUGAACGUGCCCAGCUGCCUGCCCCCAGAACUGUACAGUAUUGUGGCUGCACUCACUCUAAAAGUAGUUAUGUUGCAUUUUUCUUGUUGUUAAAAACAUGUUAGAAGCAACGAAUGUAUAUAAAGCUUCAACUAGUCAUUUUUUCUUCUCCUUUUUUUAUUGUCUCAAUUAUUUUGUGAUCAGACAACCAGAGGACCAUUCCUACUUAUUUCUUGUUGAGAAGAGAUUCACACCCGAAUACAUGGUGCAUAUGUUGGCCAGGGUCAAGGUUAGCUAGAACACACGCACUUUCCCAAUGGGGGUCAAGGGCUCUAAACAGAACCACAGGAGAAAAUCACUGAAGAACCUCUGCAGUCCUCCCAAGCCCCAGUGCAAAAGCACUCCGAAAGAGAGAUCAAAACAGUCAACAUGUGCUAUAGCAGACAGUUCAUCUGAGUUUGUACAGUGGCUGAAAAAAAAAAUCUUGUAUGUUUUAAGAUUUGGGUUAAAGUCACAUUUCGAAUUUAGGAAGCACCUUUCAAUAUUCCAACAAACAAACAAAAACAUAUUCUGCCCCAACCCACUUAUCUCUGCAUAUUCAGAUUGACUUUUAUUUCUUUAGUAAGUAUUUAUUGCUUAUCAUUGAAAGAUCUAGUCCUGGCCCAGUGUGGGAAAUUCGGAAGUGAUUAUAAAUCAAGAGGAGUUAUAAUAAUCAGGAUGAAACAUAAAUAAGGCAGUCCCCCACACAUGUCUGGUUUUCAUAUUAAGGUUCUACUAAUUGAACAGAAUUGCAAGUCAUCUAACAUGUAAUUAAACUUAUGCUAAAAUGACUACAAAUGCGAACAUAAAUUCUCAUUUCAAUUGUACUUCUAAGGCAGUGGUUGUUUUUAUCCUUUCUUAUCACUAAUAGUUAGUAAUGUACACCUGCUCUAUCAGAAAGAAACAGGAAGGGCUUGAAAUACAAGCCAUGCUAAGGAAAUUAGGGAGUCAGUUGAAAUUCUAUUCUGAUCUUAUUCUGUGGUGUCUUUUGCUUCCCAGACAAAUGCGGUUGCACACUUUUUAAAAAAUACAAUUCUACAUUGUCAGGCUUAUGAAGGUUCCAACCAGAACUUUAUUGUUAUUCAAUUUGGAUCUUCCAGAGAUUUUUUUUUUAAAUUAUUAUGGGACAAAGGACAUUUGUUGCAGGGGUGGGAGGGAGGAAUUUUCAAAAGAGCAAAACAUUCCCAAGAUUGGAUUAGAGCAUGGAGGUUUCAGAACAGCCAGGACUGUGGGGUAUGAAAUGGAAAUGAGUGUGACCUUUUGCUAGAGGUCAAUGUCAUAUCUCCAUGAAGGAACUUACAAAACAAGCAAGAAACAUUUUAAAGUUCGGUGAUAAUGAUUAGAUUCUAGAGACAUCAGAACAACUCAAAAUCCAGCUCUGUACAGCAGUGCAUAAGGACCAAAACUCUUAAACAAUUGCCCGCAAUGGCAUAUAUUUCAAGCCUGGGUAUGUCUAAUGACUACUUAAACAAUAAAUUUGCAGUUCUGAACAAUAGGAUAUUUAAUAAAAACCUUCUGGUUGGUAGGAACAUCUGUUUCUAAGUAUUUAUCAUGCACAAUACAGAAAGAAAAUAAAAACAAAAAAAUGUAAAACUCGAUUGAGCAAGUGGUAAUACAGGUCCAUUGUCUUUAACCCCAAAAAUCAUUCUGUUCCAUGUCUGUGCUCAUAGGACAGACCUUGGACAACCACAAAAUAUGCAUCCCACUGGACACAAAGAAACCCAGCUGGAGUAUGAAUGGUAUUGCACCAAUUCAUCAUGCUACCCCAGAAAAAUAAUUUAAAGCCAAUUUCCUGUUGAUGAUAGUUUGUUUGGGGUACCAAUGUAAGCCUAGCAAACAAAAACACCGGUGCAAGACAGAAAGACUUCAUCAAAAGAUCCUGGGACUGUUACCAAAUGUGACUGUGAUGUGGAUACUUGGUAAUGCCAUUUACCUAAACCUUUUGGCGACUCUGUAGUGGGCCUUCCAAGCUAGCUCAUUAAGUUUUUCCCUCUGGGGCACCAUUUGAAGGAGUGAUAGCCAAUCAAAUUCCUCUCGGGGAAGUGUUAGUGGUUGUGUUUAAUAUACUGUCUUCUUAAGUUUUCAACCAAGCUCUGCUUUUGUUUUGAGAUUAUUUUUGUCUGAAAUAAAAUAAGUGUAUAAAAAGUG